AUGUCUCUAAUCAUCAAGCCUAUUCCGAAGAGCAUUCUCAUUUUCGGAGCAGCCGGUCAUAUUGGCAGCCCCUUGGCCGAAUUUCUCACUCGAGAGGCUCCUUCUAUCAAAAUGCGACUGGCGACAAGCAGCCCGGGCAAGAAAGUACUGCUUCAAGAUGCCUUUCCAAACGCCGAAGUUGUCGAGGCCAAUUACUCAGACGUUACAUCCCUCUCCGCUGCCCUCAUCGACAUUGAGGGUGUUUUUGUCAUUACUCCAGGAGGCCUGUUGGAAGAGAAGGCCAUGACGAACUUGGUCAUAGCCCUAAAGCAGGCCAAGAACAUCGUGUUGGAUUACGAAGGCAGAAAAGGUGGAUUUAGGUAG